AUGCAACAGCUGAAAUCAGCGCUGGUUCCAAUCCUCUCCACCUUUCCCACCAAGCCCAGGACUGUGCAAGCGCUCCCAUCUACGGCGACAUUCGUUACAAGCUCAUCCACACAAUCCCCACCACCUGUUUGCGAAAAUGCAUCACUCAACCCACCCGCAGCCACCACCACCACCAGUGCCCUCCCUCGUCACCUCUGUCCUCCAGCUUCAGCAUACAUCCACCUCCCAUUCUGCCGCAAACGCUGCCACUACUGCGACUUCCCAAUCGUCGCUCUCGGCUCCGCGAACCCUACGGAUGCCGACCCGCGGAUCUCCAACUACGUCGAACUGCUCCGGCAGGAGAUAGAGUCGACACGAGCCGGUUUCAACCCCCACCCGCCUCUCGAGACCGUGUUUUUCGGUGGGGGCACGCCUUCUUUGGUUUCGCCCAAUCUUGUUUCCUCGAUUAUAGACACUCUGAGGGCGAAAUUUGGAAUCACCGACGGGGCAGAGAUAUCCAUGGAGAUGGAUCCUGGUACUUUCGAUAGCGGAAAAUUGAAGGAGAUGAUGGGGCUGGGUGUGAACAGGGUGUCACUGGGAGUCCAGGCGUUUCAGGACGAGUUGCUGAGGUCUUGUGGGAGAGCCCAUGGAGUUAAAGAGGUUUAUGAGGCGAUUGAGAUUGUUGGGUCUUGCGGGGUUCAGAACUGGAGUUUGGAUCUUAUCUCUUCCCUCCCUCACCAAACCCAUGAAAUGUGGGAGGAAAGCUUGAAGCUUGCUGUAGACGCACGGCCCCAUCAUGUGUCCGUGUACGAUUUGCAGGUCGAGCAAGGCACGAAAUUUGGCGUUCUGUACACACCAGGGGAAUUCCCUCUGCCAUCGGAAACCCUGUCGGCUGACUUCUACAGAAUGGCUUCGAAGAUCCUUGCCGAUGCUGGUUAUAUCCAUUACGAAAUCAGCAGCUAUUCCAAAAAGGGCUACGAGUGUAAGCACAACUCUACAUACUGGAAGAACGCGCCAUUUUAUGGUUUUGGCCUUGGUUCGGCUAGCUUUGUCAAUGGAUCAAGGUUUUCACGACCGAAGAAGAUGAAAGAUUAUGCAAACUUCGUGCAGAAUCUUGACUCUGCCGAGGCAGCUUGGAAUAGGAGCGACGACCGUUCUGUUGAUGCUGACAAGGACUUGGCUUUGGAUGUUGUGAUGCUGUCACUUAGAACAGCAAGAGGGUUGGAUGUAAGAUCUUUCGCAGAAGCAUUUGGUGGCUCAAUGGUGUCCUCUCUCUGCAAGGUGUAUAAACCUCACAUUGAGAGCGGGCAUGUGGUUUGUUUGGAUAAGGAAAGAAGGUCCAUGAGUGCUGACGAAUUCAGCAAGUUGCUGGUGGCUCGUGGAGAUGAGAUUUCAGGGAAUUUGGCUUUUCUCCGGCUAAGUGAUCCAGAUGGUUUCCUUCUGUCUAAUGAACUGAUAUCUCUCGCAUUUGGUGCCAUAGCACCUUAG